ACAGCUUCCUGUCCCUGACACUCUGGUUGGCGGCAUCAUGGCACUAACUGCCCACCUCUCCUGUCUCCUGGCCCUGGUGGUGGCAGGCCUGGCCCAAGGCCUCAAGGACGUCCUCAGAAGCCAGGACCCAGGUCCUCAGCCACUGGGGCUGAAAGAGGUCUUCACCUUGUUCCAGAUCCAAUACAACCGGAGUUACUCGAACCCAGCAGAGCACGCUCGCCGCCUGGACAUCUUUGCCCAAAACCUGGCCAAGGCUCAGCGGCUGCAGGAGGAGGACUUGGGCACAGCCGAGUUUGGAGUGACUCCAUUCAGUGAUCUCACAGAGGAGGAGUUUGGCCAGCUCCAUGGGCAUCACUGGGGGGCUGGCAAGGCCCCCAGUAUGGGCAUAAAGGUAGGGUCUGAAGAGUCGGGGGAGACAGUGCCCCAGAGCUGUGACUGGCGGAAGAAGCCGGGCGUCAUCUCGGCCAUCAAGCAUCAGAAGGACUGCAACUGUUGCUGGGCCAUGGCGGCAGUGGGCAACGUGGAGGCUCAAUGGGCCAUCAAGUACCACCAGGCUGUGCAACUCUCUGUGCAGCAGGUGCUCGACUGUGACCGCUGUGGGAAUGGCUGCAACGGCGGCUUCGUCUGGGACGCGUUCCUGACUGUCCUCAACACCAGCGGCCUGGCCAGCGAACAGGACUACCCGUACAAGGGGACCGUCAAAACCCACAGGUGCCUGGCCAAGCAGCACAGGAAGGUGGCCUGGAUCCAGGAUUUCCUCAUGCUGCAGUUCUGCGAGCAGAGCAUCGCCAGGUACUUGGCCACCGAAGGCCCCAUCACCGUGACCAUCAACGCGAGCCUACUGCAGCAAUACCAGAGGGGAGUGAUCAGGGCCACAUCUGCCACCUGUGACCCCCGCCUUGUGAAUCACUCCGUCCUGCUGGUGGGCUUUGGUAAAAGCAAGUCUGUGGAGGGGAGGCGGCCUCGUCCUGGCCGCUCCAUCCCAUACUGGAUCCUGAAGAACUCCUGGGGGCCCGACUGGGGUGAAGAGGGCUAUUUCCGGCUGCACCGAGGGAGUAACACCUGCGGCAUCACCAAGUACCCGAUCACUGCCAGAGUGGACAAACCCGUUAAGAAGCACCAGAUCUCCUGCCCGCCCUGAGCCCACCCGGCUGCACCUCAGUUCUCUCCUGCUGUGCCAGCAGCGCCCUCACUUUCCCCGCUCCAAGGUUUUUGCCGCCUCCCCCAGUAGUCUUGCUUCUUAUUGAAUAAACCAAGAUAAGCCCCCUG